CCUCACUUACGCUCAAGAGGUCUUAGAGAAAUGUGAAUACAAAAAGUGUAGUCAUCUUGUUAAAAAUUGCUGUGUAAUGUAUCAAUUCAAUAAUUAUGCAAACAAUGUUGUUAUUAGGAGGACUGUGCUUACUUGCAACUUCGGCAAGGAUAAUAGGAUAUGAUAUGUUUUCGAAAUAUUAAUUAAUUGUGUUCCAAAUAUACAAAUACGUUCCGUUAUAACAAAGUGCAAAUAUGAGGUAGAAGAAUGGGAUGUACUGUUGGUAAAGUUGAAAAUAUUAAGACGUCGAUUAAAGCAGAAAGCAGAGCUGACCACAUUGAAGUUAUUCCACACCUAACUGAUGAUCAAAAAGUUGUUAUACAGAACAACUGGCAGACUUUAAAAUUGCACAUUGCUAACAUAGGAGUAAUAACUUACACAAGCAUGUUUGAGAGUCAACCUCAGUUAAUAGAGACAUUUGGCAAAUUUAAAGGAAAAAAUAUAUCCGCAUUGCGAGAAUCCGGGUUGCUACAACAGCAUGCCCUCAGGGUGAUGGCAAUUAUAGAUAAAUGUAUCACACGCCUCAACCAACCGUCGAACAUGAUGUACAUCCUUCGAGAAGUGGGACAUCUUCAUAAGAAAUACAAAGUUCAACCAGAUGACAUACAGAUAAUAUUACCACAUUUUUUGAGUGCAAUGAAACCGUACAUUCAAGAAAAUUGGUGCGAGGAAUUGGAAGAUGCAUGGAUAACGUUUCUAUCUCUCAUUUUCUAUCAUAUGAGAGAGGGCAUGCAACAAACUGAUACUGUAACACAAACUGUAGAAACAAAAACUGUAGAUACUUAGAUAAAGAUAUUCGGAUGGGGGUCUGCCUUAAAAAGAAUAUAGCAAACGAGUUAAAGUUAAAACCCUAUUUGCUAUUUGUUCUGAAUCAGUAUAUAAAUUGUUAAGUUUGCAACGUUUAUAACCCUUCAAGUGAUAAUUGUAUAUGAACUUUCAGCCAAGAGAUCGUCGUCGUUCUGAGACAUCGAGCACGCGUAUGACUUUAUACGAAGUAAAAUGCUGGAAUACAACACCUAUCCAGGAGAUGUGCAAAUUCGAAACAAAUGUGACAGCAAGAGUUGUUUUUUAGUUUAAUAUUAUUCUCUUUUCUUUGCUUUUUCUAACAGAAUUAAGGAAAUAAGCGGUACAAAAAUGGUACCUUAUUUAUCGAGUUCUUACUAGCAAUGGAAAGAAACUACUUAUAGUGCUAUAUCUGAGAAAUAGCGACGAAUGUUAAACCCAGUCGUGAUAAUCGAAGAUAGUUUAAUGAAAAAGACGCAGUCUUUGUUUCUCAACAAAUUGUUUGACCUCCUGGUGACCAUUUGUCUCUAAAACUACAUAGUAUAACUAAACCGUCAAAGAAAUCACUAUCCUUUUAGGAGACAAAAACGACUUCUCACUAAUUUGUCUGUAUAUUGAUUGUGCUAAAACUGAUUAUGACAGAUAUAUAAUGGGCAUCUUCCCUCACAUUGGUAAUUUGUGACAGUUACAUAACGUAAUAUUUUUACCAAAAAUUGUCUUCUUGCUGUCAUAAUUUAUUUUGCUUAUUCCGAAAAGCCGUUAUCUUGCUAUAUUCAGUCAUGAAAGAUUUUGUUAUUGAGUGAAACACAAAUAUAGUAACAUGGUAUGAUAAAUUGUUCACGGCGGUUGUUCUAAUUACAUUCAUUAACAAUCUUUCAAUAACAUUGCAGUUGAACUACCGGCUGGCAUCAUGUAGCACAUAAAAUGAAUUUUCAUCUCCCUACCAAUUUAAAUCAAUUACAAACUAAAAUCAAUUUCAAAAAAUUAAUAUAAAAAAUGGUAGAAAAUGUCUGGGUGAGAGAAAAAACGCGGCUUGGAUGUUGUUUCUUUGUAACACUUUGAUAUUAAGAUAACACUGUGUUAAAAAAAAUCAAACUAUGCCCUCCCAUUAAUUUACUAAUUUUACUACUUAAGUCUAUUGAAGCAUAAUCUAAAAAUACACUAAAAUGUCUAGAAUUUACAUUCUAGCGACAAACGAAAAACAAAAACGUCCUUGUCCUGUCCAAUCAAAAAUGAUGGUGAUAUUUAAGACAUAGUUUUACAUUAUAUCAUUUGUAAUAAA